CAUUAUGCUUUGUUGUCGAUUUCAACCGUCCAUGUACCGAUAUCAACAUUAUAAGCCAUUCUGUGGAAUACCAUGGCAUUAAUUUUACUCUUCCAAGGAUUUCUUUUCGGGGGGAAAACAAGGCGUCAUAGCUCGAUUCCCAUCGGAUCCGCUGCGGCCAGAGCUCACGGUUCUUUCCGGUGCCGGACGAUGGAAACCGCCGCCGCUGACGCUGCCACCGAUCUUCGUUCGGACUUUCUCCAAGUCCUGCGAAGCCGGAGGCGGAACCCCGAUGUUCCUCUCUGCGUUGAGCUUGGGAAACCAGUGAAGAAUCCAGUGUAUCAGUCGAGCAUAUUUCCAGGUUCCAAAGAGGUAAUGGAAGCUUGUCCAAAGGAGAAUGUUGAGAAUUUCAAGGAGAGACUGAUUGAGGAGAACAUUUACCUGACAACAGAGGAAGGUGAGCAAGGUCGUCUUCCUGUAUUGAUUCUGAGCUUGAAGGACACUAUUCCACAAAGAAAGCCAGCUGUUGUGCUUUUACAUAGCUCUUACAAGUGCAAGGAGUGGUUGCAGCCACUACUUGAGGCUUAUGCUUCAAGAGGAUAUGUAGCUGUUGCUAUUGAUUCUCGCUACCAUGGUGAAAGGGCUAACAGCACAACAGCAUACAAAGAUGCUCUGGUUUCAUCAUGGAAGAAUGGUGAUACAAUGCCUUUCAUAUAUGAUACAGUCUGGGACUUAAUAAAAUUGGCAGAUUAUCUGAUACAAAGGAAGGACAUUGAUCCUUCUCGGAUUGGGAUUACUGGUGAAUCACUUGGAGGAAUGCAUGCAUGGUUUGCUGCAGCAGUUGAUACACGGUACUCUGUGGUUGUCCCUAUAAUUGGGGUUCAGGGGUUCAGAUGGGCUUUAGAUAAUGACAAGUGGCAGGCUCGGGUUGACAGCAUAAAACCUGUCUUCGAAGAAGCAUGUAUUGAUUUAGGCAAGAAUACAAUUGAUAAAGAAGUUGUAAAGAAGGUGUGGGAUAGAAUCGCUCCAGGUUUAUACUUGCAGUUUGAUGCACCUUAUACCAUUCCUGUGAUCGCACCACGUCCCUUGCUAAUGUUAAAUGGUGCUGAAGAUCCUCGCUGCCCUGUUCCUGGUUUAAAAGAACCCCAUGUGAAGGCAACUGAGCUUUACAAACAGGCAAACUGCCCAGAGAAUCUCAAGUUUAUAGCAGAGGCCGGAAUCGGGCACCAAAUGACAGUUUCAAUGGUGAAGGAAGCAAGUAGCUGGUUGGACAAGUUCCUCAAGUGAUUAAGGUCAUGCUUUCUGUCACGUAGGCAAAAGAGUUGAAUCUUGCAUGUUUUAUAAUCUAAAUAUGAACCCGUGGAUUAUCAUAGACACAGUAAUCCUCAUCUACAUGAUGUGGAAUGAUUGGGAUAAUAAAAUACUUGUAGGACGAUAAACCUUUGGUAUUUGCUUGAGAUUGUAAUGGAAUCCUGUGUUUAUGACCAGUAUGUUACAAUCUUUUCAUCUGGUUGGCUCUUUUACCAGGACAGUCUCACGGUAACAUAUUCAUUCAUUCCACAGGAAUCAGCUCAGAUGUUGGGGUGAAAAGUUACAGUUCAUCUAAAGCUUCCAAAAGUUGUGUUUGGAGUAAACUUUCAUUCCCAAGUACAGUGACAAAACCUCAAGACGGCUUGAAAAUAGGAAUUUUGUGUUGGUAGUGUUGUCCAACACUUGCCUUUUUGUUAGUUUCCUAUUGGAAUUUUGUGUUGUGUCUAAUUUGGUUGUGAAUUUUGUGUUCUGUCUAAUUUGGUUGUGCUUGACAACGUUAUUAAGACCACAAAGAACUUGAGUUUUUAGCAUAA